GAUUGGCCAAUGGGAGCCCGUGUUGCUGUAUCCGGCGCCAAGCUCUGUCAUGGCGGCACUCAGGCCUCAAGCCGGUGUGUGGAAACGAAAUGUUGAGCUUUCUGUACGCUCGACAGUCGGGUUUGGAGGACCCUCUUCGCUUGCGUAGAGCGCAGUCGACACGGAGGGUCCUGGGCCUGGAGUUAAACAAAGACAGGGAUGUUGAAAGAAUCCAUGGCAGUGGAGUCAACACUCUCGACAUCGAGCCUGUUGAAGGACGAUACAUGUUGUCAGGUGGUUCCGAUGGUGUGAUUGUACUCUAUGACCUUGAGAACGCCAGCAGACAGCCCUAUUACACAUGUAAAGCAGUGUGUUCCGUUGGCAGAAGCCAUCCCGAUGUUCACAAGUACAGCGUGGAGACAGUUCAGUGGUACCCUCAUGACACUGGCUUGUUCACAUCCAGCUCAUUUGAUAAAACUCUGAAAGUAUGGGAUACAAACACAUUGCAGGCUGCAGAUGUAUUUAAUUUUGAGGAAACAGUUUAUAGUCAUCACAUGUCCCCAGCAGCCACCAAGCACUGUCUGGUAGCAGUUGGAACUAGAGGGCCCAAAGUACAACUUUGUGACUUAAAGUCUGGAUCCUGUUCUCACAUUCUACAGGGUCACAGACAGGAAAUAUUGGCUGUUUCCUGGUCACCACGCCAUGACUAUAUCUUGGCAACAGCAAGUGCUGACAGUAGAGUAAAAUUAUGGGAUGUGAGAAGAGCAUCAGGAUGCUUGCUUACUCUUGACCAGCAUAAUGGGAAAAAGUCACAAGCUGUUGAAUCAGCAAACACUGCUCACAAUGGGAAAGUUAACGGCUUAUGUUUUACAAGUGAUGGGCUUCACCUGCUCACCAUUGGCACAGACAACCGAAUGCGGCUCUGGAAUAGCUCCAACGGGGACAACACACUGGUGAAUUACGGGAAGGUGUGUAAUGACAGCAGGAAAAGGCUACAGUUCGCUGUCUCCUGUGGCUGCAGCUCAGAGUUUGUGUUUGUUCCACACGGCAGCACCAUUGCCAUGUAUGCAGUUCACUCCGGAGAGCGGCUUGCCAUGCUCAAGGGACAUUACAAAAGUGUCCACUGCUGCGUGUUUCAGCCUAAUUCCCAGGAACUUUACAGUGGUAGCAGGGACUGCAAUAUUCUUGCUUGGGUGCCAGCUUCAUAUGAACCAGUUCCUGAUGAUGACGAUAAAACUCCAGUCAAAUCCCAGUUGAACCCAGCAUUUGUGGAUACCUGGAGCAGCAGUGAUGAGGACGGGUGACUGUUAGCUCAGUGCCCUGGCUACUUGUCCAUCAGACUUCCACGGCAGUGCCAUGUGCACUUCAACACGGGCGGGGCUAUUCUUCCCGUUAUUGUUGGGUUUUGAGACAGUGUCUCACUGUGUAGCCCUGGCUAUUCUGGACUAGCCUGGAACUCUCUGUAUUGAGCAGACUCGGCUCACACUUGCAGCCAUUCUCCUGCCUCUGCUCUCAGGUGCUGGGGUUAGAGAUGUGUACCAUGUGGCCCCUCCUGCGCAUGUGUUUGUUUGUUUCAUUGUUUUUAAAUUCAGUCAUCCUGAAUUUGGGAUAUUUCCCUGUGUGUUUUAAAAUGAGAUUAAUGUGUAUAAAACCCUAAAAUACACUUUUCUGUUGGUUAAUUAAUCAAAACUUGUCUCCUUGAGCCCAUUUGCCAGGGUGGUGGGCCAGCCCCUAUGGGCCCAGCACAAGAACAGGAUUGUUAUUCUCAGCCGGGGCCUUAAGUGCAUCCGAGAAGCUGAAAGGUGUGGUCUCAGAGGAAGGUCUCAGCUCUGACUCCUGAUGUGCUGUCAGCCUGCCUUUCCUACCUUCAGGGAGGACUUUAGCUAGGAGAAUUAGAUAAACAGUACUUGUUGUUGCAAAGGAGACAUUAUAACUCUGAGGUUUUCUUACUCAAACUGAGUGGCUUCAUGUACAGGAGCAUCUUCUCCCUUCAUGUUGAAUGUUAACAGCAGGCAUCUUGCAGUCCGAACAUGGUAUCACAUGGGCAAUCCCUGACCAGUUUGUAUUGCUUUCAGAGGGCAGCUUGCACUCAGUCUUAAUUCCUUUCUGUGAAACUCAGCAAGAUCCAUGCAGGGAUCUAGAUUAAACAUGAAAUGUCAUACAAUUGUUCUUUCCUUUUCUUGUGUCAACUCAAGAGUGAUUAUAAUGAAGUCUCCUGUACUCGUGUGUGCAUGCGUGUUAGUUUUGGUUCUGUUGCUGUGAUAAAAUUCCCUGAACAAAAACAGUUUAGGAGAGAAAGCAUUUAUUUCAGUUAACAAUUCCAGGUUAUAGUCCCUCACUGUGGGAAAGUCAGGACAGAAACUUUAAAUAGCUAGGCACAUCGCCUCACAGUGGAGAGAAGUGAGUGCACAAAGCCUUCACUGCCCAGCUGAAGUGAAAUGACAUCAUAGAGAAAAAUGGCUUCUCUAACUGAUGUUCUUUUCAUGCAGUCUUUGCUGAAAAGUUUCAUCUAGAACAAAGAAAAAAUAGAAAAUAAAACUUUAGAGAAAAUUCUGAAGACCAGCCUUGAACUAUGCCAAUUGUAAGAUGCAAAUGGCUUUCAGGCCACAAAAAGAAAAGCCAUAUCCACAAAAAGAAAAGCCAUAUCCACAACUAAACUGUUAACUACAGGCCAGCAAUCUAGUACUCCCCAGUACUCAGUCCCUCUCUACCCCAGCCCUGCUGUGACCAUCCUGUUUAGAACACAGUGCCAGGCAAGGUGGUUUUUCUUGCUUUAAUUAGCUUUCCCUGUUAACACUCUCUGAAAGGCAAAAUUCUCAGUGUGCCAGGCUUCUGUGGUUCCAUUUCUGGCAAGGUUUGAUUGAUCCAAGAUCAUUGCUUUAAUGAACUAAAUCAAUCCUUCUGCCUCUUGCUUUUACUUUUAUUUUUUUCUUGUCAGGUAUUUGGUCACUGUGUGAAAAUUAAUACAGAAAAUGUGGGGUUGGAGAAAUGCCUCAGUACUGUAUUCCUAGAGACCCCAAGUUUGGUUCUUAGCAUCCAUAACUAUCUGUAACUAUAGUUCCAAAGUGAUCAGACACUGCUGAGACCCACAGGCAUCUGCCCUCAUGUGCACAUGUCCACAUAAUACAUACAAUAAAAAUAAUAAAAAUAAAUCUUUAAAAGAACCAGGCACUGAGGGUAAGGUUUGUGCUAUAUGGAGUAGGGUUGUUGCUAAGGUGAAUCUGAUUGUGUUCUGCAAACUUUGGGACUAAUUUGCAGGAGAAAGAUGUUAGAGUUGUGGGUUAGAGAACAUCCUGAAUGUUGUAAGUAGACUUUCUGGGCCAUUUUUACAGGAGCUCAGAAAAUCAGAACACCUUCGAGUCCAGUGGUGGAUGAAUGUGACAUGUCCCCCAUGGCCUUUUCUAUGUUCAAGUAUUAAUCCCUAGCUGGCAGUGCUGUUUUUCUGAGAUUGCAGAGUCUUUGGGAGGUGGAGUCACCUUCAAAAAGGGAUCUUGCUUGACCUUUAUGCCUGGCCCUGCUUCUUGUCAUGUCUGUGCCUUCUUGUCUGCCUCCUGCUUCUGUUGUUGCUCCUACCAUCUGUUCCUUUCCACCACGGUGUCCUGUACAUUCAAACUGUUUUGCUAGAAUCAAUGCUUCCCCCUUUGUUAGGCAUUUGAUUCCAGACAUGAAAAAGGCGACUACUAUUUCCUGCAUCUCAGGCUUGCUGCAAACAGACAACCCUCCCCCCAACAAGGCCACCCCCACCCCACAAGGCCACACCCACUCCCACAAGGCCACACCUUCUAAUAGCCACUUCCUUGGUCAAGCAUAUUAAACCACCACAGAUGCCAAAUAAGUGUGUAGAUUUCGAGGAGAAACUGGAUAAAGUGUGGUGCUUGCUGCUCAAGUCCCUUAAAAUACUUACCGUCAUAUCUCUUGUAUGUGUGAAAAUAGCUUUGGUUUAGUCAUGAGAAGAACAUAAUGGCACUGUCCCAGGUACCUGACAACAGCUAGCCAUUCCCAGAUCCCACUGCAUUAUUUCAAUCUCUUUAUAGCCUGUCUAGCUCAAAGGUUUUGUUAUUAAUGAUUGGAUACCGACCCAAACUAUGGGCCUCAGACAAAUCACUUUCUUCAGGGUAAUCCUGUUCAUUUUUGUAAAGUGCAUGCUAAAUUUUCAUGCUAUAAAUGAGAGUUAUGAGGAAAUACCAUUCCUUAACUGACUGUAACAGUCACUACUGUAAUAAUCUUUAUGCAAACUCUAAUCAUUUGAAACUGAAUAAACAUGUCUUUCUACUGU